UGGCUGGGAUGUCAGGCAGCGACACCUCGAAACACUGGGCUUUAGCCCCCUGAAACAGACACCUGUGUUUGCAAGCGCAGUGUUCUUUGAAGGGCUCAGAGAAAAUGUUAUUAUGUAGGUACAGAUUCUUUUAUAGGACCUUGUUAAAGCAGGUGCUCCCCCUCGACUCACAUGGACUUUUGGUCUUGACUCCCCACCCAGCUGGAUUUCAGACACUGAAGUCAUGAGAAGUGGGGAAGGGCAAGGCGUCCAGGAUGAAGAAACGGAGAUUAUCGUCAACGCCAGGAUUCAUAUUUAAGAAUGUGAUUCUUUUUAGGGGGAGCUGGCAGAGGCCAGCCAUUAAAUGGGGGCUCCUCGGAGGCCAGCAUGCAGCACAACUACCUUAGUAAAUCCCAGAAAUGUUGUCCCUUUAACUGGAGUCCUCCAUGCUCUCUCCACCUGUUUAAGUACCGUCUGGAUGGCAGUGAGGGGGGCUGGCCUCAUGGCCAGUGGACUGCCUGGGAACUCAGACAGCCCCGUACUUGGCUGCGUGGCUGUCUGAGCAGGCCCCUGCAUUUUUGCUCUGUAUUGAGCCCAUCCUGGGGGUAAGAGGAAGGGUUUGUGUGGAUGACUUUUGAGUGGAGACCUUCCACCAGUGUUUUUACAGAUCCCUCCUGGUGCCCACUGCACUCACCUUCUCCAAAUCCAGAUCCUUUCGGAUUUCUCCUGGGCAGGUUGACUCUCCCACCUUAUUGACCAGCCCGUUAUUAGAUCCCUUGUGUUGGUCCACUAGCCUGGGUCAUGGCCAACACGAAUCUGCUCUGUAAGUUGGCACCUUUUAAGCCCAUCCUGGAAAUUUGUUGAGGUCUCAUCUUGCCCGCCACUCACUAUCCUUGUCUCUGCUGUGUGUGCCCCUUAUUUCCUCCGUUACCAUUUUUAGUGGAGUCCUGAGAGAGAGCAGGUGAGUGCGCAGGCUCAGUUCGCCGUCUUGAACUAGAGAGUCCUGGUCUGCUUCUGUAAAACUGCUGCAGUGAGAGUAGCUAAAAAUGUAGAAAACAAUCUGUCUUCCUAACAGAAUAGUUUUGGUUCCAGCUACUAAAAGAAGGGGAGGGAAUUUAUGAUUUUGGUUAGAGAAGUAGAAACAGAAGACCUGAACUUAAAUAACGAUUAUUUACUUACAUUACUUGAGUAUUCCAUACUUUUUUUUAGCCCAAAAUGAAAACACUUAGCAGUUACCGACUGUCAUUUUCUCUUACGGCCAUUUCUUCCUGCCUUCUAGAGGGUGCCGGUUCCUUGCCCUGGACUGGAGGCUCCGCAGCCAAGCCCGGGAAACCGAAGGGAAGGAAGAAGCUGUCUUCUGUUCGCCAGAAAUUUGAUCACAGAUUCCAGCCUCAGAACCCCCUCUCGGGAGCCCAGCAGUUUGUGGCAAAGGAUCCCCAAGAUGACGAUGACUUGAAACUUUGUUCCCACACAAUGAUGCUGCCCACCCGGGGUCAGCUGGAGGGGAGGAUGAUCGUGACGGCGUAUGAGCACGGCUUGGACAAUGUCACUGAGGAGGCUGUGUCGGCUGUGGUCUACGCAGUGGAGAAUCACCUUAAAGACAUAUUGGCAUCUGUUGUAUCGAGAAGGAAAGCGUAUCGGUUACGCGACGGUCACUUUAAAUAUGCCUUUGGCAGUAAUGUGACCCCCCAGCCGUACUUGAGGAACAGCGUCGUGGUCUACAACAGCUUAAUAGAAAGCCCUCCAGCCUUCCCUGCUCCUUGUACUGGUCAGAACCCAGCUUCCCACCCACACCCUGACGAUGCAGAGCAGCAGGCUGCACUCCUGCUGGCAUGCUCUGGGGACACCCUCCCCGCAUCCCUGCCUCCCGUGAACAUGCACGACCUCUUUGAAGCUUUGCAGGUACACAGGGAAGUCAUCCCCACGCACACCGUGUACGCCCUCAACAUUGAGAGAGUCAUCACCAAGCUCUGGCAUCCCAACCACGAGGAGCUGCAGCAGGACAAGGUGCACCGGCAGCGCCUGGCCGCCAAGGAGGGGCUCCUGCUCUGCUGAGUCACGCUCUGCUCUGCCGAGUCAUGCCCGGCGGGGCGCAGCCACGGCACAUGCAUUGAUGAUUGAGAAUUGAAUGUCUUUGGGGUCCACACUUCAAGACUGAAGUGGAUGGUGUAAAUAUAACCUUUCCUAUGGAAAUGUGAUGUUGAGUGCAUUUUGUGUUGCUACUGUGAAGCCAUUAGUAGAGAUUGACUUUGCGAGGGACCCACAUCUGUGUGUGGCCAUGUCCCCAGUAGGGUGGAUGCUGAUAAAACUGCCUGCGGUGGGAAUGGUCAGGCCCCUGAGGUUCAGGAUCCUGUGGUCUGCGUGUCAGGUAGGUGACAUCCUAGAACAAAGACGCUGUUAUAACUUCGCCCCUGUGAUCUGUGUGCUCAUUGACAUUACAUGCUCUGUAUCCGGCAAGUCUAAAGUUUCCACCUUUCUCCUCAAAGAACUGUGCUCCUGGAAUUUGGCUGAAGUAAUGUACACAGUGUUAAGAAUCCGAUGCCUCCUUUAGUGACCAGUUUAAUUUUUAACAGAUACAGGCAGCACCCUAAAAAUUCAUUACAACUCCAUAGGAUGGCUCAGAAAGGCUGUGCUAUUAGACAAAACACCACCAAAACAAAACUCUCAGAAUGUAACUAAUCAGCCUCAUACAACAUCUCAUAACUCGUUUCCUUCAUAUAGUUAAUGUGCCUGAAGACUUUGACAGGCUCAUCUAUUCAUUGUUCCCAUAGGAUGUUUUAAGUUUAUGUGAACAUGUUGCAUUGCUACUUGGUAAUUCCCCAAUGCCUAUGAAAUACCUGUUUCCUUUCAGAUGAUAAAGUGAAAGUAACUUAUGUUGGGCAGUGUUACUGAUCAGCAAGUUUUUUUAGAGACCUGUUGCUUUUUACUCAGCAGUGUUGGUGGGUAUGCAGUUGACCCCUGAACAGUGUGGGUGUUAGGGGUGCUGACCCCUGACGCCAUUAAAAAUUUGCUUAUAACUUAUGACUCUUCAAAACUUAGCUGUCCCUCAGUAUCUGCGGGGCAUUGGUUCCAGGACUCCCACUGAUACUAAACUCUGCGGAUGCCCAAGUCCCCGAUAGAAUGUGGUGUAGAUCAAUGUCUGUGGACUCCCAACCGUGAUCUUAAACAGUCCGGGCGUUUACUGAGGAAAAUCCUUGUAUACACGGCCUGCGCAGUUCAAACUUGUGUUGUUCAGGAAUCGGCCGCAUUAGAAUGGGUUCUGUAGGUUUAGUAACAUCUGUAUAAAUAUGUACAUAUGGGUACCUGGCUCUGUGUAUUUGAUUUUGUACCUUAAAUGUGACAAAUAAACCUUUUGGGAGAAAA